AUGGCUUCAGCACAGAGGCAGCCAAAGUGGGCCCAGUCGGGCGCUGCCUCUACUGCUGCGCAGUAUGUCGAGGCUUGUGUUCGCUGUGGAAGCAAGGCGAGCUGGCAGACGGCCGCUGGCAUUGCCAAGCAUGGGGUCUUCGCGCUGGACUUCGGGGCUUGCUCCCACCCGGCUUUUGCAGCCGCCUGCACUUUCCUCCGGGAGGCUCCUCGAGGAAUCUGUGAAAUUCAAUUCCUGGACUCAACGAGACCGCUGAGCAGAAUGAUGUUCUUCCGCACCUUGGCACGAGCUGGAAGCCAGCAAAAGGGCUACCGGGCCUGCUCCAAGCCGAAGCUGGCGCGGCUGCGCCUGUUGGCCAGCGCGCUUGCCGUCUUCCUCGCCGCGCGAGGAUCUCGUCUGGAAGUCCUGGACUUGUCAAGCUUGCAGCUAGGCAUGGACCCAGUUUCUUGCUUGAGUCCUCUUUCGGCAGCACUUUUCCACCACCGCGGGAUGGAGCUGCAGUGGCUGAACCUAUCGGGAUGCCACCUGAGCAAUCGCGGCUUCGCUUUGCUUCUGCCCGUCUUGGUGAGUGCCAAGCUGCCAAAGCUCCAAGCACUCCUCGUC